GCUGACGUGUGCAGAAGUCCUUCUUGUUCUGGUCCUUGUUCCCGUCUGAGUACCAGCUCCCCAUUGCCCUGAGGGCCAGCAGGCCUGCGGCAGAGGGAAGGAGGAGGAAAAGAAGGAAAUUGUCCCGGAUUCUUGCAGGGGGUCCAAACCUCUCCUGGAUUGUCAGUCUUUCCGUAGGUUGCGGCACUACACCAGGCAAGAAAAGAGGAAGGAAAUUAACACCAAUCAGUGAAGGUCGAUUUGAAAGUCUGCUGUAGCAGGUGGCACCAUUUGAAGCGAGGGAGGAAGUUUCCUAGGAUCCAGGAUCUGUAGACUACAGGUCCAUCUCCAGUAUCAGCUAUUGUGUCCUUGAAGUGGCUGAAGACAUCACCUUCCACAGCCUUGCACCGAGGCCCAUAGUGCUCCUCUCCCAGCCUGAGUGAAUACUCUGUUCCUUGGUCCCUGCUAUUGUCAGGGACGAUUGCAUGGGCUACGCCAGGAAAGUAGGCUGGGUGACUGCAGGACUGGUGAUUGGGGCUGGAGCCUGCUAUUGCAUUUAUAGACUGACCCGGGGAAGAAAACAGAACAAGGAGAAAAUGGCUGAGGGUGGGUCUGGGGAUGUGGAUGAUGUUGGAGACUGUCCUGGGGCCAGGUACAAUGACUGGUCUGAUGAUGAUGAUGACAACAGUGAAAACAAGGGUAUAGUGUGGUACCCACCUUGGGCCCGGAUUGGGACUGAGGCUGGAACCAGAGCAAGGGCCAGAGCAAGGGCCAGGGCUACUCGGGCUCGUAGGGCUAUUCAGAAACGGGCUUCCCCCAAUUCAGAUGAUACUAUUUUGUCCCCUCAAGAGCUGCAGAAAGUUCUUUGCUUGGUUGAGAUGUCUGAAAAGCCAUAUAUUCUUGAAGCAGCUUUAAUUGCUCUAGGUAACAAUGCUGCUUAUGCAUUUAACAGAGAUAUUAUUCGUGAUCUGGGUGGUCUCCCGAUUGUUGCAAAAAUUCUUAAUACUCGGGAUCCCAUAGUUAAGGAAAAGGCUUUAAUUGUCCUGAAUAAUUUGAGUGUGAAUGCUGAAAAUCAGCGCAGGCUUAAGAUAUACAUGAAUCAAGUGUGUGAUGACACAAUCACUUCUCGCUUGAACUCAUCAGUGCAGCUGGCUGGACUAAGAUUGCUCACAAAUAUGACUGUUACUAACGAGUAUCAGCACAUGCUUGCUAAUUCGAUUUCAGACUUUUUUCGUUUAUUUUCAGCAGGAAAUGAAGAAACCAAAUUUCAGGUUUUGAAACUUUUUUUGAAUUUGGCUGAAAAUCCAGCCAUGACUAGAGAACUGCUCAAGGCCCAAGUACCAUCUUCACUUGGUUCCCUCUUUAAUAAGAAGGAGAACAAAGAGGUUAUUCUUAAACUUCUGGUCAUAUUUGAAAACAUAAAUGACAAUUUUAAAUGGGAAGAAAAUGAACCUGUUCAGAAUCAAUUCAGUGAAGGUUCACUUUUCUGUUUUUUUAAAGAAUUUCAAGCAUGUGCUGAUAAGAUUCUGGGGAUAGAAAGUCACCACGAUUUUUUGGUGAAAGUAAAAGUUGGAAAAUUCAUGGCCAAACUGGCUGAUCAUAUGUUCCCAAAGAGCCAGGAAUAAAUUCUUGAUUUUGUAGGUUAGAAACAACACACAUUGUAAACUAUUCCUUUUCUCCACCUUGUUUAUAUGGUAAAGGAAUCCUUUCAGCUGCCAAUUUUGAGUGAUGAAUAUCGUUGUAUCAUCAAUGCUGAUGUUUAUCUGAGUUGGUCUUCAGGUCUAAGCUGGAUGAAUGACUGGCACUACCUGUUCUGAAAACAUGUUUGUUGCUUUUUAUCUCGCUGCCUAGAUUGAAAUGUUUUUACUAUUUCUUUUGCGUGACAGUGAACUAGUUGGUCAUAAGUAAGCUCCCUCCUGUCAUUUAUAUUAACUUUAUUUGUGUAUCAUCAAUAAAGUUGCGUAUUAAUGCUGAACAAAACAAGAAGAAAGAAACCAUCCUUGUGCUUUGGUUUAUAAUCUAGUUAGAGAGAUAAGAAAUAUACAAACAAAUAGAUAAUAAUAUCUGGACCAUAUACUCAUUGUCAAAUGUGUGCACUCAGAGCACUGAGGAAGCAAAAGUUCCUGUGGGAUACAGUAGUCAGCUACAGAUUCAUGGAGGAAGCAGCUAUUUAAAAUGAGUCCUGAAUGAUGUAGGUAGUUAGGGCAUUCCAAGAGCUAGAGUGAGGGGCCAUUAGGGUGAGAAAGGCAUGGAGGUAGAAACCCUUUUCUUAUGACGUUUAAGAGACCUGUCUACUUAGAGUGAGGAAUGGAAGUAAAUAAAUUUGGAAAGCUGAGGAGCAUCCAGUUUGUGGAGAGCUGUUUGAAUAUUAUCCUACUGAACACCAAGAGCCAUUAAAUAUUUUUGACUAGAAAGAAUAAUUGGAAUUCAUAUAGAGGUUCCUCUCUCACCAACUGUGCAGUGUCUGCGAGGGUGUGGGUAAAUGGACCCUAUCAAAUCUUCAUGGUAGGAAUGAGUUUACACUGAGUUUGCCCAAGACUUGUAGAGGGCCAUUUGGUAAUACAUAUAAGCCUUAAAGUUUGUAAACCUUUUGUCCUAAGGAAAUAACUGAAUAAUUGGCGAAAGGCUAUAUGUACAAGCCUAUUCAUCCCAGCACUGUCCAGACGCAGACGGUAACAAUUGGAAACAACUAAGUGUCUAGCACACCAGAAUGGUUAAAUAAAUUCAGGAAAGGUCACACAAUAUAUAUGAUAAAUAUGUUGAUCCAAAUCAUUCCCAGGAAGAGCUUCAUUCUGCAUUGUUAAAUGAGAAAGGUAGUUUAGAUAGCAGUGUUCGUAGAACGAUUCCUUUUCUUUUUUGAAGAUAAUGAAACAUAUUUUAAAGUAGACAGUAACGAUUAUGCAAUUAUAGACAUCCAAACAGUAACUGACUAUAUUUGAGUGGAAGGAUAAUGAGUGAUCUUUUACCUUUUUAUUUUUUGUUCAUCUAUAUAUUUUUAUUUGUAUAAAAUAUUUUUUUUGCAAAUUUUAGAAAAAGAAAGUGUUGGGAAUGAAGCAGGGGAUUGGAGCAUGUACUGAAUGUAAAAAGAAUUUAUAUUAAAAAUGAGAUGGGUGAAGUUUCCUCUCUGAAAUGAUAGAUGAGUGAUAAAAACGGGGCUCGUCAUGAGGAUUAAGUUAAGUAAUAUGUGCAAAAUACUUCGAAACUUCUGGCACAGAGCAGUUAAGAAAAAUAAACACCUUAAUUCCCUAAAAUGUAGGGUCGAUAGUGUUUUUGGGUGGCCUUUGUUUUGCUGGGGGCAUUCUGCCAUGUGUCAGUGUCAUUUAAUAAAUAAUAACAACAAUAAAAGUUAGAAUUUAUUAAGUGA